AUGAUGCUGAACGGAUCGGACCCGCCGCUGCGUAACGUCUCGAACUGGACCAACCCGUUCUGGCAGCCGGUGUGGCGUGUGGCCCUGUGGUCGGUGGCGUACAGCCUGGUGACGGUGGUGUCGGUGCUGGGGAACCUGGUGGUGAUCUGGAUCAUCCUGGCGCACCGGCGCAUGAGGACGGUGACCAACUACUUCCUGCUGAACCUGGCGCUGGCGGACGUGUCCAUGGCGGCGCUCAACACGCCCGUCAACUUCGUGUACGCGGCGCACGGGGACUGGUACUUCGGCGCCUUCUACUGCAAGUUCCAGAACUUCUUCCCGGUGGCCGCGGUGUUCGCCAGCAUCUACUCCAUGACCGCCAUCGCCGUGGACAGGUACAUGGCGAUCAUCCACCCGCUGAAGCCACGCCUCUCGGCGACAGUAACCAUGGUGAUGAUCGUGUGCGUUUGGGGCGCGGCGGUGGCGCUGGCGUUCCCGCUGUGUUUCUACUCCACCAUUAAAUCCAAUUCCAGGAGGACCAUGUGUUACGUGGCCUGGCCCCGCCUCUUGGAUGAUGCGUUCAUGUACCACAUUAUUGUAGCGGUGUUGGUGUACGUGCUCCCCCUGGUGGUGAUGGGAAUCACGUACAGCGUGGUCGGGGUCACGCUGUGGGGCGGCGGCGUCCUGGGAAACUCCUCCGAUAAUUACCUGGAACAGCUACAGGCCAAACGCAAGGUGGUGAAGAUGAUGGUGGUGGUGGUGGUCACCUUUGCGCUCUGUUGGUUGCCAUAUCACGUGUACUUUAUAGUUAGUGGGAUGAGGGCCGACGUUAACCGGUGGAGACACAUCCAGCAGGUGUAUCUGGCCGUGCUCUGGCUGGCCAUGAGCUCCACCGUCUACAAUCCCAUCAUCUACUGCUGCCUCAACAGCAGGUUCCGCGCCGGGUUCAAGCAAGCGUUCCGCUGGUGUCCGUUCAUCACCGUGUCUCAUCUGGACGAGCUGGAGCUGAAGACCUCGGGGUUCCAGACGAACCGACAGAGCAGUCUGUUCAUGGUGACGCGACUGGAGUCCAGCGCCGACGUCCACGCCGGAUCCUCACGCCGUAAGAGCUCGGCCGCCAGCCGCCACAGCAGCCUCGGGAGCCAAUCACGUCUCGGUACGCGCCUCUCCCUGAACGGGGGUCACCAUGGUAACGUUGUAACCAACGUACCUACUGAACACAAGCAAGAACCAAUCAGAAGCUGAGUUCAAUCUAUCCUUUAAUCAACCAAUCAGCUCCUUCACAUCUCAGCUUGUUCUUCACAUCAGACGUGAUUCUCAGUAACACUUGGAGGUUCUUCCACUGUUUCAUGUGCUUCUACUCGUGUUCAUGAAGCUGCAGAACCAGAAUGAAGAGGAACGUUUCAGGCUGGAACUUAACAAAGUGUCUAGUUUGACAAGUCCAUGUUUUGGUUUUAGUUCCAUGUUUACUAGUGUGGUCCAGUUCCAUAUCUUCCAG